CACACACACACACACAUACACACAGUCAGACACACAAAAUCACUUCUGCGUUCAACACGUCUUUCACUUCCCAGCUCUUCACUGCAUGAGUCUCUUUCUGUCUUAAAGCUGUAUUAGCAGGCGGGCGGGUAAAGUCGCAGACGGGAGACAAGACUUAUCUCUGUCACACAGCUUCUGGCCGAGCCAUCCGACAGCUGGUUUAUCUGAGCCACACACCCUCUCACUGAGGAAGUGUCACUCCGCAGCCCCCUCCUCCUCCUCAUUCCUGCUGACUCCCUGCUCACCCUCUCCUUUCUCGCCUCCUCGCCUCACCCCUCUCUGAAUGCCAGGAGCUUUUAGUCAUGGAGCAGACGACAGUCACACACCAACCGAGGCUCUCAGUCACAGACGCCUCAGCAUCAGCGCUUCAAGAGGAGGAAGAGGGGGGCUUCACCACAGGAAGUCAAGAUGACUUGGAGUCAAGCAAUAUCUAUGCAUUUACAGACCCAAUACUCACACAGCCCGGCCUCGGCAUUACCACGACAACCAUCACCACCAUCACACAGACGGGUGGGGGCUGGAGCACCGGCCUGUUCAACGUCUGUGGAGACAAGACUACAUGUGUCCUCGGGGCUCUGGUGCCGUGCUGUUUGGACCUGAGUUUAGCUCAUCAUUAUGGCGAGUGUCUGUGUAUUCCUCUGCUGCCAGGAUCCACUUUUGCCAUGCGAGUUGGGAUCAGAGAGCGCUAUAAGAUACGGGGCAGUGUGUGUGAGGACUGGACCGCAGUGUGUUGCUGUUACCCUCUGGCUGUAUGUCAGAUGAUAAGAGAGAUGAAGCGGAGGAUGAAGACACAGACCUAUCAUGUGUCCACUGCCCUUGAAUGCUCCUGAAGAAACUCUAUACAGUAAACAAGGACUUUCAUUUUACAAUGCAAGAACGACUGGUGAGGGUCAUAUGAGAUUACUGUAUGAAUAGCACAACAAAAUCAAUAACGUUUUAGAUGCCCCUGGGGAUGCAGGAAAAUGAGAACUGUAAAGUCUAAAUGUAGUUUGUAGUGCUUAAAAAGGCCUCAGAGAUUUUGAGAUUGUAACCAUAUUCGUUUUUUUUUGCAGAACAAGAACUCAUCAGCUUUAUUUUGAGUUAGGUGAAGCAGGUAGCAGGACGCGCUUAUUUAGUUUCAGCAGCUGUCACUGUCAGCUAAACAUCUGGUACAGUCAGUCAACAGAAAAUAAACAAAAAACGGGCAACUUUCUUGAGUUCUGAAUACGUUUUGAAGCAUGCAAACUGAAGUGGCUUCCUGAGUAACUUGAGCAAGAUACAGCCAUAUUAUAAGUCAUUAAACCAUUUUUAAUAUAUACAUUUUUUUACAUGCAAUAAACAUGUUUGUACUUAUUUCUAUAGAAGUCAGUUUACCAAUAUGCCUUGGAAUGUUUACCAGUCACCACUAAUAUCUGAAAUAUCAGCCUCAGAAAACCUCUGUGGCCGCCCGAAUGGCAGUGAGAACAUGUUAGUUUAAUUACUGCUCAAUGAAAAAUGUAAUAAAGAAAACUCAGUAACAACUUAUAUUUCCAGAUAUUCAAUGAAGUAUGCUGAGAAGAGUUUAUUGACCAACAUUCUUUAACAGAAAGCGAUACAGGUGAAGUCAAAAAGUGAAUUAGGUGAACCGACCCUUUCAUUUUGUCACGUAUUCCAAAGGUCACCAGACAUUGUGCUUUGUCCCUCUUAGACAUAAAGGGAAGAUGAAGUGUAGAAACAUAAAACUUUCAAGACCUUGAGGUAUAAAUUGUGAAAUGUGGACAUAAUUCAACAUAGUAAAUCUACAAAUCAGAUUUAACACUUUUCAUUUCAGCCUCACACAAAUCCAAAUUCAAGUAAAGCUGGAGAAGCUCAGAAAAGCCUUUUCAGCUCGAUUUGAUAUAAGUGGUCAUUUGGUUUCUUAAAUAAGACUCAAUGGUUUUAAGAGUUGUUUCAUUGAUCUCAGUGCGCCAGUCCAUUCAGUAUACAGAACAAUCUUUCCGAUUACCCGGAAAACAGGCCGUAGCUCUGAUUACAGUCACAGUUCGAGUAUACAGCCUGAUGAUAGUAAAGGUCAUUUCCAUAUUUCUGAAAUUAUUUUAUCUUUCUAUUCCUUAUUUCACUUCAAGCAUUACAUCAUAUUAUCAAUCCAGUCCUGAUUGCUCUGGUUCCCUGAGCCCAAAAUGUCAACCAGCGAGAGCGGAUACGGAAAAUGUUAUUUCGACACAAAGCAGACGGGUUCUCAAAGGGCAAAUAUGUAAUUUGUUAACUCUUAAGCAUAUGGUGCCCUACCUUGCAACUGCUUCAAAUGAAAUGGGGAAAAUAAUAAAAUGGGUUUAGGUGUGGAGAGAUGUGAAUAAUUAAUUAUAAUCUUAUUUUACACACUAGGGUGCACAUAAAUCUGUUCAAUCAUUUCAGAUUUUCAUAACUGUACAUUUUCCUUUUAUCUGAUUAUUUUGUUGUUGAUUUUAAACAUAUUGGAACUCAUCAUUCUUAUCUGACAGUGUUACUGAAGUAAAGACGGAUGAAGUGUCAGAAGGACAGAAUUAUCCACAUUGCGUGAGAACAAAUCACUUCAGAUUAUAGGCCUUGCACCAUUCAAUCAAACGCAGCGGUGUACAAGCAAUUUCUUCCCACUAAAAGCUUUAGUGAAAAAAUAAAACUUUGUUUUGCAUUAUGGGGGAUUCCACCCACAAGUUUAUGUCCCACUGUGACUUUUUGAAUUCACACAAUGAACAGUCCCUGCUGUGUUUCACUGCACAUCAAAGAAACUUCUGCAAAAACUACAUUUCUUUCAAUUCAGCUUGGAAGUAAAAUAUAGCAAAUGGCGCAGAUCAGUAAAACUACCCAGAAUAACCUAAAAACAGAAGUUGUUGUUGUUUCCAAGAUUGUAUAUUUUAUGUUCGGUCCUCAGUUACAGACAUAUGUUAAUGGGAGUUUCAUGACAGCAGUGACAUAGGCUACUGUAAAUUCUGGAUAAUAAGGAUUGCGAUGUCUGCAUUAGGCUCCAGUGUUUCCUGAGUCGCUCUGAAUGGAUACAUCUCCGUGCUGCUCCACUGCUCUCUGCCUACUGGGGGUUGUUAGUGAGCAGAUCUGCCUCGAGCCAUGCUGCCUUCAGGCGCCGUGGUAGCAUCUUCCCUCCCUGUGUAUUGACCAAAUGUUAUUGCUUCAGCAUCAAUAGCUUUAAGGGUGUAUUUGAAUUGCAAAGCAAAUGUAUUUCCAAUUUACCAAGCCAAUUUAAAAUGCCCUACAUGCUCAUUCCAACUGUAUAUCUUUAUCCACACAGAUUUUAAGUAAUAUGUGAUGUACCACUGUUGUUUGAAGUAAGGAUAAUCUUUUUCACUUUUAAAGGGUCAUUUUAACAUUUUCCUAUUUCUAUUUGGGGUGAAUUUAUUUAUUUAGUUUGAUUGAACAUGACACAAAAUAUCCAAUUAUUGAAUGAACAUGUCUGCUGAUAGUUUACACAUUUUAUAUUUUUACUGCAUCACCACACACACUCACACAGCCCGGCCUUACGUCAUCUCUACCAGACACACCUCCACUCCUGAACCAUUAGGGGGCAGUGUUGCUCCGGAUCUGGACCCCCGUUGGCUGUUUCCUAUUCCCACAGCCUCGUCUUAAGUGCUGAUCUGGGGUCAGAGUUGGGAUUUCCACAGCAGUUGUACAGGUCAAGAUUUGGAACAGUGAAGCCCAUCCUCACUCAGCAGCCCGACAGGGACCAUAAAGCAUCUCUGCAGAGGAUGUUUCCUGCUGUUUCAGCACAAACACGACCCCCCCCAUGCAUCAGGUGCAGAGUACAGGAUGUUAUCGACAGUGGCCCCUCGGGGAGCCAUGUUAGUGUGGGUGUGGAAAUGUGUGUGAUGUAUGCAGAUGUAUCCUGGAAGGCCCUUCCCAUAAUUGCGCUCAUUGUGGACAGUUACUGGUACAGAGGACGAGCCAGUAAACAGAUAAAACACAAAACACAGCACAGGGGGGAAAUCAUUCAUCCCCUCCUGAGCUGCACAGGACUGAACAACAACCAGCUGAAGGUGGAGUGUUUGUGCUUCCCGAAACGAUACACUGACAUUUCUGAAAUGGAUAUUUAAUACAUUUCACUUCUCUCUUCCUUCGCCUCUCCUGCAUCUAUUUUCUCUUCAUCGUCCUCUUUUUCUUGCCCACCCUCCACCCUCAAUAAUUUUAUGUCUAUUCCCACAUUUCCUCUGUCCUCUUUUAUUUAUUUACUUCUCUCUGACUCCUGCUCGUGGGUGUGUUUGAGAGCGAGGUGUGGAGAGAGCUGCUGAGCUGGAGCACUCGUCCCCCUGGUGAUUCUUCUAUCCAGGACAACAAGCAUCACCUGGGGUUUACAUAACACACACUUCCUCACACUCUCUCUUCAUAUCACUUUCUUUUGUUUCUUCCUUGCCCUCUCUGUGUCUCUCUCUCUGUUUUUCAUUCUGUCUUUCUCUCACACACAUCACUGUCAUGGAGGGAGGGGGGUAUUCAGCUGUUGUAGAGCCUGCAGCUAGGACCCUGUGUGCUUUUUUACUGAGAGUUGUCUUGUUUUAGGUUGUGUGUGUUUGUGUGUGAUGAUGGAAGCCUGGAAUUUGUUGGCACCGCUCCGCUCCUCAGGCUAAGCAGGCGGUUUUAUAGAUUUUUCUUCCCAAAGACAGACAGGAGGAGGAUUUCAUUGUAGGAAUGAUUUGAAAACCACUGUCAUACACAGGGAUUAGAAUACUAGAGAUUUGCCCGCUUUUGUAGUUGUUGUGCCUCUGCCUUCUAUAUUCCUCCCUGCAAAAGAAUUUAUCCCUAAAUUCCUCGUAUGAAAAGAAAAGGGAGGUUGAUUUUGUUUCACGAUAUAAGCUGUGUGUCCUUUGAGGUCAUUAAACUGUGGCAGUUGCCAGAACUAGAAAA